UUUCAACCUCAGUUCCUUUUGCAAGAAGAGCUCAGAACUGCCACAAGGAAACUAAUCCCAAAGAUGAGCCACCGGUGUAAAAUCUUGGUCAGCUUUCUUCUGAUUUUCAACUUUCCCAACCCAGGUUCAGUCUCUAAAGCCAUCAAGAUCGUCUGCAGUGACUUGGAUCGAGAGAUCAACCUGGACAUCCCCAAUUUUCAAAUGAGAGAUGCUAUUGAUGACAUACGAUGGGACAAAGAAGGGAUCAUGGUUGCGCAAUUCAGAAAAGGCAGGCAACCUUCCCGGCAUAAUGAAACCUACGAGAUUUUAGCAAAUGGAACUCUGAAAAUUAAACAUCUGAAGGGAUAUUAUAAUAGUACCUACAACGUAGUUGUAUAUGAUACAGAUGGAAAAAGGGUUCUGGAACAAUCAUUUGAUUUGAGGAUUCUAGAGGUGGUCUCAACACCCAAGAUCUCCUGGGAUUGUCACAGCACAAACCUGACCUGUGAGGUAAUAAAAGGAACUAACCCUGAAUUAAUUCUGUAUCAAAAUGGGAAACGGCUCACUCAAGGUCAUCUGAAGGUCAUUAGAUAUCAGUUGACCAACCUGAAUGCAGCGUUCAAGUGCACUGCAAGCAACGGAGUCAGUGAGGAGUCCACCAUGGCAGCCAUCAGCUGCUCAGGGGAAGGUCUGAACAUCUAUCUCGUCGCUGGUGUCUGUGCGGGAGGCCUCCUCCUGUUCUUUGUGGCGCUGCUCAUUUUCUAUGUCAGCAAGAGGAAAAAGCAGAACAGCAGGCGCAACGAUGAGGAGCUGGAGGUAAAAGCUCACAGAACCACCUCUGAGGACAGAAGCCCAAAGCCCACCCAGAUCUCCACCUCACCUCCUCCAAAUCCAGCAGUUUCCCAACCUCCGCCACCACCUGGUCAUCGUGUCCAGACACCUGGUCCCCGUCCCUUGCCUCCCGGUCAUCGUGUCCAGCACCAGCCACAAAAGAGGGCUCCCCCAUCAGGCACACAGGUUCGCCAGCAGAGAGGCCCUCCCCUCCCCAGACCUCGAGUUCAACCAAAACCUCCCCGUGGAGUGGCAGAAAAUUCACCGUCCCCUUCCUCCGAUUAAAACUGUCCUUUCCAAUAAAAAGGCUCUUUGGAGUUCUCAGCUCUGGGUGUGCAGGUCCACUUUUCCAUCAGACGUUUGCAACAUGUAAGACUUUGUCGCCUCCCAGGGCUUGCAGGCCAUGGUCCUCAGCCAUGUGGUUGAAGAUCCGUGGCCUCUUCAUAGAUCUCUGUCACCAAGAAGAGAGAAACAAUGGGAGUGUGAUUGCGAGGAUGAUUCAUGACAGUGCACAAAACUCUUGGCAAUCUCGUCUCCCUCUCACAUCCCGUGCAGAUGCCAUAUGCCCGGGGGUUACCUGGGCUUGUGUCCCCUACAGGCCUCCCAUCUGCUCAAAGGACUUUCAGCUUUCUUACGUGUCCUGGUGGACACUUGCUCCCCAUCCUUGAGAAGGAGUGAAAUAACAGCUUAGCUUUGACCCUGGGGUCUGCUCACUGAAGGACACAGCUGGGUGUUACUCGGAGGAAGCUGCACGGUGAGAAAGAGCCUCGUUGGUGUGGCAUCACCCGAGCCACCUGAAUCCCCACUAGAGUGACCAGAACAUUCUCCCCUGCCCCUCCCCAGGUCUCAGAAGCAAAGCUGGGUCCUGACAAUCUCCGUGGCGAUUUGUGAAUCAACACCUCUCAGCCCAAACUUCAACGUGAGUCACCAGAAAGCUUAAGUGUUUGGGUCUCACUCUCCUGAGCCAUCACUAGUGGUCUGGAUGAUCUGUGGAGUCAUCCUUGAAAAGAGGAAUCCAGGAAUAUCCGAGGCACCGUGAGCUCAUCAGACAACACACACGAGGGCCGGCUGAGACAACUGUGUUCAGACAAAUCCCGAGUCUCACAAAUGACCAGUAAGAAGACAGAGGCCAUCCCCAGCCGGCUGACUGCUAGCUGUGCUUUGGAAGACAGUGGGGAGAUAAAGAAGAGUUUUCGGUUGCAGUUCCAAAACAAUAGGCUGCGAGGACUCCUGCUUUGAAGCGUCAGUGCCAGGCUUGUGGUGCCGUCUGCCCACCUUCUCCUGGGCUCCUCAAACCUGUUAAACCUUGUUAACUCUGGCAGGAAGCUCUGGGGGCAAACCACAAAGACGAAGUAUAUUCAGGACUUCCUGUGAGAGCUCACUGAGAGUUGAAAUGCUCUUUUCCUCUGAAUCUGGGCAUCUAUUGUUUCAGAACCCAGAGUUAAUUAUAAAGGGCCGUGAUGAAUUAAA